CGAGAUCUCGGACCCGCCUCGAGGGCCGUGGUGGAGAAAGAGUGAGGUCACAAGAACAGCAGUUGCAGCAGCAGCAGCAUUAGGCUCUUCGUGUUAACAGGACUGUGAAUCUGUGGAGAGAUUUUCAAUCAGCUAGCUAGACCACAUGCUGCCACUGUUGUUGCAAUGUUGGAAUAUAGUUGAGCUUGUACAAUAAACCGCACCCCUUAAUUAAACCAUUUGGUUGGGAUCGGAUUCAGGGACUCGAUCUGAAGGCAUCAUGGGAAUCACCAGUGCUCCGUGUUUAGUUCAGGAUGCGGUAAGAUGCUCGCUAGUGCUUGUUUAGAGCGAGGCGAGGUGUUCAGUGGCUGCUAUACGUAUUUGUUAUGAAUCCUACUUGCAGCGUAGAGGUUGCUGGAGUUCCUCUCAUGCCAGCAGCUCUUCCGUGAGGACACCCUCACAUAGAGUUGUGUGCAGAGAUUGAUGUGUACGAUUCAGUUCAGUCAGUUUAGCGUCUUGUGCACUGUGCAUCAGUGAAUUUCCGGCAUGAAAUUUUUUGCCGAUGUCCAAGUGGGUUUGAUUGGGUGAAUCAUUCCUACUGAGAGAUGAGUGCAUAGGAGAUUCUGGUCCUUGGAAGCUCUUUACAGACUGCUAAAGGAGGCUAUCGACUGUAAAGAGCGAGGGAGAAAGGGAAGCGGAAGAAUUGAUUGAACGAAUUUGGGAGGAAAUGGAGCGGAAGGAGCCUCCAAUGUCGGAUGAAACUGGACCUCCCUUGAAGCGAUCCCGGCAAGAGGAUAUCGACAGGGCCGAAGAAGAGGAAGGGUUGUUGGCUCUAGUGAAGAAGCGCAGAUCGGAUGUCAAGUUGCUUGUCUCCCGCAUUCACACUCUCGAAACUCAGUUAAAGGAUUCGAAGACUAAACUUGCCUUAGCUGAAACUCUUUUAGAGAAAAUGCGAUCUGGUAACAGUGAGGAUGGGGAGGAAAAGCGGCCUACUGAACGUACACCUGAAAAUGGACACACAAAGUCUAAACCUUGGCCGACCAGCAUCAAUGCCAAACCUGGAGAUAAAGCGGGCAAUAAUGAUGGUUCAAGGUCUGGUAAUGCCUCAACACCUAGUAAGGAUGGCAACCAUGUGUCAUCUGGGCAUCAGGGCAGUCAUGAAAGGCCUGCAAAGUCGAGUCCAAGUAGAAGAAACAAGUCCGAACCCGAUAGAAGGGAGAGGAAGGACGGCUCCGGAGGAAGAUCAGAAGGCGAACAGGAUAGAAAGGAAAGGAAAGAAAGUGGUGGAGGAAAAUCAGCAAGUGAAGUCGAUAGAAGAGACAGGAAAGACAGUUCCGGAGGAAGGGACCGACAAGAAGGUGAUAGACGAGAUAGGAGAGAUAAGCACGAGAGUUCAGGAGCAAGAGGAACAUCUGAUGUAGAUGCAAAAGACCGAUCUAAUCAUUAUCAACAAUCAGGUGGAGAAACUUCUCAAAAACCCCCGAACCCUCCAGCUCCGGCAGUUCCAGCUCCUAAAGAGCAUGUUGACCUGAUUAUGAAGAUAAGAAGUCAAAAGAAGGCGCAACCAGUGCCAAUUCACAGCCCUCUUUUCACCCCCAGUCAGCACAGGCGGAAGAUGAGGAGCUUGAUUUUAAAUCCCGCUACCGAAAAUCAGUGUGCAACAAGUGGACUUGAUGGGAUAGUCAACUUCUGGCAAAUUCAUGCUAAAGGCUUGGAUAUAAAUUUCCGAUACGCUGUCGACUGCCUCUCCCCUGGACAAAGGCAUUGGCCCGAAGACAUGGCCUGGCAUCCUGAGGGUCACAGCAUUUUUGCUGUGUAUACAGCGGAUCAUCACGACUCUCAAGUUGCCAUAAUAAAAAACGACACGAAAAAAAAAGUGGCUAACUUCUUGCCGGGUAAACCUCAUGUCAAGGGCAUCAUGAAUGCUAUAUCUUUUAUGCCUUGGAGCAGUUCUCAGUUUGUAACUGGAGGAAGCGAUCAUAUGGUAGUGAUGUGGAAGGACGAAGGCGAAGAUAAGUGGAAACCAAAAGUUUUACAUCAAAGCCUCCACACUUCCGCCGUGAUGGGGGUUGCAGGCACAAAACACAAACAGCUUGUCCUGUCAGCUGGCUGUGAUAAACGAGUUUUUGGAUUCGAUCCUGUUUCAAAUCGAAUGACUUUUCAGCAUCAGCUGGACAGUAAAGCGAUGAGUGUCCUGCCGAAUACUGCUGACUUCAACCUUUUCAUGGUGCAGACCGGAACACCAAGCAAGCAACUACACUUAUACGACAUCCGUGCCAAGACAGAAUUGCACACAUUUGGAUGGGUCCAAGAAAGCAGCGAUACGCAGUCUGCUCUCAUCACUCAGUCCUGGUCACCUGAUGGCUACUACACGGCAUCUGGGUCGGCAGACCCGAAAAUUCCCAUUUUUGACAUCCGAUUUAAUGGGCGGGAACCUGCUCAAACUAUUUAUGCUCACACGAAGCGUGUAUUUAUGGCCGUCUGGCAUCAUUGUCUACCCAUGAUUCUUUCAAUAUCCUCAGAUUUAAAUGUAGGCGUGCAUAGAAUAUACCGUUGAUCAUUCUUGAGCCUUCGCCCGUCGAGUGAUUGUCCUCCCCCUUCGAUACUUUAGGCAUCUUGUAUCGUAGGAUUUGGGAUGGCUUCACUUCCCAAACAACCUCGCGAAUCUGUGGGCAACCUAGUAAGGUACAAAGGCGGAGGAGUUUCAAUGUCCACUAAGUGAAGAAAACCAUGCUGGCGGACUUCUUUCACAACCGGUCGCUGAGAGGCUUUCUGAUUGUAAUCACAGUGAGUCAGACGGGAGGUUAGCAUUUUAAGACAGCUCCUAUCCAGUAACUUUUGAUAGCAUGAGAUGAUGAGUUUUCGAAACUGAAGUGGGCUCUUCUGACUGAUGCAACUGGCGUCGCUCAUGCUCACGAGAGACUGCUCGGUCUGUUCAAGUGACAGAAGGACUACACAGAUAGAAUUGUGGUUGUGAAACUCGAGAAGAAAGCAUGCACAGUUGCCAUCUUCUGUGUCAUCUGUGGAUUUCGAGUGGUUGACAGUGCUGGUAGCAGUCUUAGCCCCCACUGUGAUCAGGAACAAAUCUCAAUUGCGGUGCAGAGGUCAUCCUUGGGUGUGCAACUUGACUUACUGUCACUCGAUUUGUUGGUUGGGUUCCUUUUUCGGACUUCUUCUAAUCAAGAGUCAGCUCGUUGGUUCAGAUGAAGUCCAUUGAUGGCUUAUAGCUGUGGACAUCGCAACUUACA